UGCUGCCUUUGUUGUCGUCGUGUUGUUAGUUUCGCUUAUUUUAUUAUCUGCCAGCUGCCGAUCAAUUGUAUUAGAUUAAGUGUAGGCUUUUAGAGGUGCUUAAAGUACUUAACAUUCCACGGAAAUGCCAAGAUGAGCAACGCAAUGCACGCUAAAGAGUUAUUGAUACGCGCCGUGGAGUGCGAUCAGAGUGGACGGAUCCUGGAGGCGCAGACCCUCUACACUGAUGGCAUUGCCGAACUCAUGAGCUUCGUCAACGGGGAACCGGACGAGGCCAAGCGAAAAGUGUUUCUCACCCGGAUCAAGGAGUACAUGGACCGGGCGGACGCCAUCAAAGCUCGAGUCAAUGGCAAACUGAUGCUGGGUGAGGUAGUCUCCCACGUCUCCAUCGAGGAAAACGACACGGGCUACGACUACGAACAGGUCUUCGGUCAGUACAUGGACCAACACACCAUUGAGAUUCUUCUAGAAGAGCCCUACAUAACACAAAACUAUCAGUAUCAGAACCUUGUGAGGUUCUUAGAGUUAGCCAUUACGAACUGUCCAAACCUAAAGUAUUUCCGGCUAAUCACCAAGGAAGCUCAAGAUCCGAAGUAUCCCGACCAACAAAAGACAAACCUUGGCCAGAUCAGAGCCGACCUGGAGCGCCGAAAUAUAGCCGUCUCCAUCAAAUACGAAGACUCUUUGCACGAUCGCAAAAUAUACUUAAGCAAUGGUUUCAUAAUCAAAAUCGGACGUGGACUGCACUUUUACAAGGCCCCCAACCCGAUGUAUUCCAUUGGUCUGGUCAACUACAAGUUCCGCAAAUGCCUGCAGACGGAUGUGGACAUUUGGCGCAACGGCAGCGCCAAACCCUGAGAAGUCAGCCAUGAACAGAAGAGAAGACAUUUUAGUUUUAAGUCGACAAAGUUUUGCUAUUGUACCAUUUUUGUAGUCCCUAUAAAGUCGCCUUUCAAUAUUUGCAAAA